CUUCUCUUCUUUCCUCAGAGAACAUACCCUGUACUUUCCUUGAUAUUCUUUCUUCUCUCCCUCUCUGCAUCGAGAGAGAAACAGAGAGAGACAGAGGCGAUGGAGAGAGAGAGAUACGAGCAUCUUUUUCGGGCUAGGGUUGCAGAGCAGGCUGAGAGAUACCGUGAGUUGAUUGAAGCAAUGAAGAAACUUGCUGAACUUAAUGUGGAGCUGACGGCUGAGGAGAGAAAUUUGAUGUGUGGUGGAUAUAAAAACCUCAUUGGAGCAAGAAGGGCGUCAUGGCAAAUACUGUCUUCCAUGGAACAUGAGGAGGAAGCCAAGAGGAGCGAAAAGAAUGUGAAAGUGAUAAAGGAUUACAGGCAGAGGGUUGAGGAUGAACUUUCCAUGAUAUGCAAUGACAUUCUGUCUGUCAUUGAUAACCACCUCCUUCCAUCCUCUAAAAUGGCAGAAUCCAUUGUCUUUUACUAUACGUUGAAAGGGAAUUACUAUCGAUAUCUAGCUGAGUUUAAAACUGGUGAGGAUCGUAAGGAAGCUGUAGAUCAAUCCCUCAAGGCUUAUGAGACUGCUACGAGUACUGCCGACUCGGAUCUGUCCCCUACCCAUCCAUUUAGACUUGGGCUGGCUCUGAAUCACUCUGUUUUCUACCAUGAGAUUUUGAAUUCUCCUAAGAGGGCAUGCUCCAUGGCUAGACAAGCAUUUAAUUAUGCCCUUUCAGAACGCGAUCCCCUUUGUGAAGAAUUCUACGAAGACAGCAAUCAAAUUAUGGAGCUUCUAAGAGAUAACAUCGCAUUAUGGUCCCAAUAUCUGCCAGAUGAACGAUGUGGGCAAUCUUAAGGUGAUGAAGGUAGUUCGUCUACAUACAGGCAAGAAUUAGUUGGAUAGAAGGGAGGCAAUUCUUCUCUGAGACAACUCGGUGCAUUCAUCGAUGAGGAGCAGAGCUUUUGAGAGAUUCUUUACAUUUCAUAUAGGGAUUUUUUUUUUUUUUUCGUUUAUAAGAAUUUGUUCAAUGAGUAGCAAGUUUUUGUGGAGCAGUGCUUCAGAUUAGGCCUUCACAUUUGGUGAUCGUCAUGUGAUUCUUUUUGAAGGGUUAAUCUUUUCUUAUUAUAGCAGUUGCCAUAAGCAAGCCAUUCAUAGUGCCUUGCGCAGACAAUGUUUUCUUUUAACAAUGCCAGUUUCCUGCUGAUGCUUCUCUGUUCCCCCAUUCCUUGAGGAAUUACAUGCAUCAUCUCGUGUUCUUUAAGCUCCCCUUUUGUAAAAUAAUAGAAGAGGGAAAGUGUUUGAAAGAAUUCUGUAUUUCUUAUUAA